AGUGAGUUUCUCAUCACAGAAUAUUCGGGGAAACACUACAAAUGUGUAUCUACGCUCGUAUGUGAAAUUUAAUUACGUGUGGUAUUCCUGUGGAAGAGAAAAAACACCUGCCCUGGCGGCUCUAUGUAGUAAAUUAUACAUGUGUAUAUAGACGGGAAAAAAAGGAGCCAAACGAGUAUACACGUACACGAACCUGCAAAGUAUUAGGUAUAUAUACCUGUAAAUAUUGGGGGCAAGGAUCGGGUCCCGUAUAAUACUACCACAACGCCAAGGUAAAAUACGACGAUCGGUGUUGUAUUCGUAUAUACAUUCCAAAAAUUUGCGGCAGCUGGUACAGUCAUCGAGAAAAGAUAAAGAUUGAUUAGAGAACCAAGGAAACAAUGUAAUAAAUUUUGAAAAAAAAGGGAUUAAAAGGGGCGAGAGCGUGCGUGCGUAAAACAAAUCCUGCAGGUAGAUUACACAGGACGACGGCUGUUGUGCUGCUGGAGAUUAUGGAAGGUGCGAGGAAGAGAGGCUGAGAGUAUACAAGUGCUGCAGGAGAGCGAAAGGAGGGCUGGUUGGCUCGUUCGAUUGCUCCUCUCCGUGUAUAGCUCUCGAGGAAGAGGAGAGCAGCGUAUACGUAUACGCAGGAGGGAAAGAAGAGGAGGAACAGAGAAAAAGAAGAGCUUAUAAUCGAGGUGCACGCGCGAACGCGCCUGUGCGUGAGCAGAGGAAAGGACAUGGCCUCGCAAGCAUCCUGCUUCCUGCUCCUGCUGCUGCUCGUCCUCGCGGAGGUGACGAGAUCGGCAGACCUGGCGAUCGAGAUCCCGGGCAACCUGAGCCAGGGUGGCUCCUGGUACAGACUGGAUUACGUGCCAGGGGUCGGGUACCCGCCCCCGAACACGACCUUCGCCGCCUCGGAGAUCGGCGAGGUCAUAAAGUUUCGCGACGGAUUGCCUGGCACGCGUUACGAGUAUUGGCUCUACUACAGCAACGGCACCCUACACGACUGGCUCACCUGGACCGUAUCCAUUAUAACGCCUCCGGACCCGCCCUCGAACCUCACGGUUCUGGUGAAGAGCGGCAAAUCGGCGGUGGUGUUCUGGGAGCCACCGCGACAGGGCAACUACUCGGGCUUUCGCCUGCGCGUCCAGAGCUACAACGACGCCGGCAACCCUUGGACGAGCGUCAUACCGGCCGACGCUGCGCCCUACACCCUCCGCGACCUCACCCCCGGGGCCACCUACUCGCUCCAGCUGUUCACCGUCCUCGACACCAAGGAGAGCAUAGCCUACACCAGCCGGAACUUCACCACGAAGCCCAACACGCCGGGCAAGUUCAUCGUUUGGUUCCGCAACGAGACGACGCUCCUGGUGCUGUGGCAGCCACCCUACCCGCCCGGUAUAUACACGUACUACAAGGUCAGCAUAGACCCCCAGGAUGCCGCCGAAUCGGUGCUGUACAUCGAGAAGGAGUCCGAGCCUCCGGGACCGGCUCAGGCGGCUUUCAAAGGACUCAUCCCCGGUCGAGCGUACAACAUCUCGGUGCAGACGGUGGUGGAGGACGAGACCUCGGCGCCAACGACGGCCCAGUACCGUACGGUGCCUCUGAGGCCGCUCAACGUGACCUUUGACAAUUCCUCGGUGACGUCGACCUCCUUUCGCAUCCACUGGUCCCCGCCUAACGGCACCAGCGAGUUCGACAAGUAUCAGAUCUCAUUGGCGGGCAAUCGGCGCUUCGUCCCCGUCACGAGGAACCGGGAGGAUGACUGCCGCUGGGAAUUCAAGGACCUCGAGCCCGGCAAGACUUACCAGGUCGUCGUCAAGACCUUCUCGGGCAAGGUUUCCAGUUGGCCGGCCAGUCGGGAUGUCACCCUCAGACCUCUGCCAGUUCGGGAUCUGCGAGCGGAAAUCGAUGAAAAAACGUGGAUGGUCGAGGUCUCCUGGAGUCCGGAGAACAUCAGCAGCCAAGACUCGUACCGAGUACAGUACCACGAGGUUGAAGCGACCAUCGGUGGCGACAGUAAUGUCUUGACCACAAACAAAACCAGGAUAACCCUGGAGGCGCUGCUGCCCGGCAGAAAUUACUCGAUAAUCGUGCAGGCGAUCAGCAACAAGGUCGAGUCGAACGAGACUGUGCUGUAUCAGGUGACCAAGCCCUCAAGCCCGAUAAUCGAGGAUCUCAAGUCCAUCGAGAAGGGCUUGAACAUAUCGUGGAAGAGCGACGUCAACUCGCGGCAGGAGAAGUUCGAGGUGACGCACAACCGAAACGACACUGGCGAGAGCGCGACGACCCUCACGACAGAGUCGCACAUCGUGCUCGAGGACCUGUAUCCCGGAGCCGGCUACGAGGUCAAGGUCUUUGCCAUCAGCCACGGCUUCAGGAGCGAGCCCCACGCCUACUUCCAGGCCGUCUUGCCACAUCCACCGCGCAACCUCAGCAUCGAGAAGGUAACGAGCAACACUGUUCUGGUACACUGGGAAGCACCGACCGAUUCGAUAUUUUCGGAGUACGCCAUCAGGUAUAGGACCGAGGACGAUCCGCAUUGGGUGAAACUUCCAAGUGUGAAGGAGACCGAGGCGGAGGUCGCUGACAUGACUCCCGGUGAACGGUACACCAUUCAGGUCAACACCGUGAGCUUUGGCGUCGAGAGUCUCUACCCUCUUCAAGUUAAUCACACCAUUCAUAAGGAUAACACGGCGUUGACGAUAAGCGUGGUGGUGCCGAUCGUCUUGAUUCUGGCCUUGAUCGGUAUCGUGCUGUUCAUAAGACGGCGCAGGAACCAAGGACGCAAAAUGACCGAGACGCGGGCGACCGACGACCUCUCGUUGCCCGACAGCGUCAUCGAGACCAGUCGGCCGAUCAGGGUGGAGAACUUUGCGGACCACUACCGGAUCAUGUCGGCGGACUCGGAUUUCCGCUUCUCGGAGGAGUUCGAGGAGCUGAAGCACGUGGGUCGAGAUCAGCCGUGCACGGCUGCCGAUCUGCCCUGCAACAGGCCCAAGAAUCGCUUCACCAACAUCCUGCCCUACGAUCACAGUAGGUUCAAGCUCCAACCUGUCGACGACGAGGAGGGCUCGGAUUACAUCAACGCCAAUUACGUGCCGGGUCACAAUUCGCCGAGAGAAUUCAUCGUCACGCAGGGUCCCUUGCACUCGACGAGGGACGACUUUUGGAGGAUGGUUUGGGAGAGCAACAGCAGAGCUAUCGUUAUGCUCACGCGUUGCAUUGAAAAGGGUCGGGAAAAGUGCGAUCACUACUGGCCCACGGACACUCUCCCGGUUUAUUACGGCGACAUUUGCGUGACGAUACUCAACGAGACGCAUUACUCGGACUGGAGCAUUACCGAAUUUCUCCUUCGAAGGGGCGAUUGCAAGCGAGGAAUCCAGCACUUCCACUUCACAACCUGGCCGGAUUUCGGUGUGCCAUCACCGCCGCAGACUCUGGCGCGUUUCGUUCGCGCGUUCCGCGAGCGGGUCAAGCCGGACCAGCGACCCAUCGUGGUGCACUGUAGCGCCGGAGUCGGCCGUAGCGGCACCUUCAUCACCCUGGAUCGUAUACUCCAGCAGAUUCUUGUGAGCGACUACGUCGACAUAUUCGGCAUCGUGUGGGCCAUGAGGAAGGAGCGCGUUUGGAUGGUCCAGACCGAGCAGCAGUACAUUUGUAUUCAUCAGUGUCUCCUGGCAGUGCUCGAGGGCCAGGACACCCAGAGCCCACCUCGAGAGAUCCACGAUAAUCAGGGCUUUGAAAUGAUGAAGGUAUUGCGGAAUCGGGAAUGUGAUGAGCGCGAAAGGUUGAUAGCGAGCAGCCCGAGGGAGAACGACGACAGCACCGAGGACUCGAAUCUUACGCGGAAGAGGCAGAGGCGAUGCAACAACAGCGGCAGACCUCCUUUCGACCAUCAUGGCCGUAGCGGUAGUAUCGGCGAGCUGCUGAGGUCGGCGAGCUCCCAGGACAUUCCGUACGACUCGUCGCCGUUGAUCGGCACUGGCCGCCGACGUUUGAGCCGGUGACGGUGCAAGACCGACGACGAGUUGGCAGCAUUAGAAGCGGCAAGGAUGGUUGCUCCAACGAGCAACGGCAGCAUUGGUAGUCUCCGUCCAUUGUCGGACGUUCGCGAGGACGUUCGGAUAUGAGCGGUCGUUCGAGCGUAGUCGAGGAGAGCAGCUGUGUCGAUUGAUGUACAGGAGAAUUUUUUCGGUUUGGAGGACCUUUUUUUUUUUUUUUUUUGUUUGUUUAAGGACGUGUUUUGUGAAUAUUCAUCUGGUUAUAUACAAGGGCUUUUCACUUUUACUGUUUUUCACUACGACGAUUCGAAAAAUAGUUCUCCGUGUGCGAUCUCAAAAGAAGCUUCCGUCUAUUAGAAGAAUUACAUAAUUGAAUAUGUAUGUAUAA